AAAAAGAUCUACCUUAGGGAAGAGGCGCAGAGAGAGGGAGGGUGCGGGAGGACGGGUAGGAGUGUGCGCCCGUGUGUGUGAGAGAGAGUGUGACUUGUGUGUAAGAGACACUCGUUCUCCUGGCUGCAAGGAGACACACACACUUCUACUUUCCUGUCCCGCCUCACUCAAGGAGGAAGAGAGGAGAACGAUUUUUGAAAAGACAAGAAAUUUUAUUUGUCUCUCCCCCUCCCUGUUCAAAUCAACUUUUGCCCAUUUUUUUGGUUUGAUUUUUGUUUUUUUUUUAGGGGAUUUGCUUUGCUCCACACUGGAAUUUUAUGUUGCUUGACUAAUAUUGAGAUGUAUCGUUACAAGACAUGCAUCAUGGAUUUGUACCUGUUUGUGUUUAUUACGUGCGUAUGGUUGCCCACUUCAAGGGUGUUUGGAGGCUAUCCCAUCUGGUGGUCCCUGGCUCUGGGGCAGCAGUACUCCUCCCUGGGCUCCCAGCCCAUCCUGUGUGGCACCAUCCCUGGUCUGGUGCCCAAGCAGCUACGCUUCUGCCGCAACUACAUCGAGAUCAUGCCCAGCGUGGCUGAGGGCGUCAAGCUGGGCAUUCAGGAGUGCCAGCACCAGUUCCGGGGCCGCCGCUGGAACUGCACUACCAUCGAGGACAACCUGGCCAUAUUCGGCCCAGUGCUGGACAAGGCCACGCGGGAGUCAGCCUUCGUGCACGCCAUCGCCUCAGCAGGCGUGGCCUUCGCCGUCACGCGCUCCUGCUCCGAGGGUACCUCAACCAUGUGCGGCUGUGACUCCCACCAUAAGGGCCCCCCCGGGGAGGGCUGGAAGUGGGGCGGCUGCAGUGAGGAUGCUGAAUUUGGGGUCCUGGUGUCCCGCGAGUUCGCCGAUGCCAGGGAGAACCGCCCGGAUGCCCGCUCUGCCAUGAACCGGCACAACAACGAGGCAGGACGCACGACCAUCCUGGAUCACAUGCACCUGCGUUGCAAGUGCCACGGCUUGUCGGGUAGUUGUGAGGUGAAGACGUGCUGGUGGGCGCAGCCGGACUUCCGCAUGCUGGGCGACUACCUGAAAGACAAGUACGACAGCGCCUCCGAGAUGGUGGUGGAGAAGCAUCGCGAGUCCCGGGGCUGGGUGGAGACCCUGCGCGCCAAGUACGCCUUCUUCAAACCGCCCACGGAGCGCGACCUGGUCUACUACGAGGGCUCGCCCAACUUCUGUGAGCCCAACACUGAGACGGGCUCGUUCGGCACGCGCGACCGCGCCUGCAACGUGUCGUCGCACGGCAUCGAGGGUUGCGACCUGCUCUGCUGCGGCCGCGGCCACAACACGCGCACCGAGAAGCGCAAGGAGAAGUGCCACUGCAUCUUCCAUUGGUGCUGCUACGUCAGCUGCCAGGAGUGCAUGCGCGUCUAUGACGUGCACACAUGCAAGUGAAGCCUGUAGCUGCACGGGGGCGAGAUGGGGGGCACAGACUCACGAUGACAUCACACGCAUACACCUCCACAGGACAGCUUCCCAGGCACAAACUCCCAUAAUCAAAAGCACUUCCGUACUGGAAAGUCUGGCAAAGUCCGACCGUGAAGCAGCAGCAUGCUUCCCGAUCCCAACGUAGUGCUUUACUUCUCCCUGUCCCUCACAACGCUGGGAUCUCCCCCCCAUCUUUAUUUAUUUCUCUACCCCUCCAUGACUCAAUCGCUUUCUUCAGCACUGGGCUCCAUACAGCUGGCAGGAACUGUUGGUAGCUCACUGGAGAGCACUGAGGCCACCCGGUAGCCCUGGAUUGCGUUACUGACCUGCUCCUCAUUUCCACACACUGUGCUGUCACAGUUUAAAGGACCUGGUUUUAUAGCCAUGUUUCUUAGAUCUUACCAUUUUGCAGGAAUUGAUGUCACACAAUGCAAAAUGCAAAACUUUUUCUUUUUUGAUGUUGUUCAGAAGUCUAACGGCCCACAGAAAACACACACCAUACUUCACGGGUACCCUCCUGUUAUCCAGGUUUAUACCCCAUACAACUGUGAUGAUUAAUCUUCAAAGCUGUGGCAGUCAGAAUACAAAUAUAUUCCGUACGUCCUAAUAAAAAAGUCGGCAUGUCUUAUCAUUCAGACCGUUUCCAUUUUUAAGACAGAAGUGGAACUUGUGCCCUAAAAACAAGAGGACAUUUCAGACCACGACUGAGAUCACCUGAAAUGUGAGAUUUUAAUAAUAAAAUAGCAUGUGUGCAUGAAGCCUGAUGGAAUUUGCACUUAAGAUUAUAAGAAAAAUAGUAGCAGUAAGGAAAAGGCUGAGGUCCUGUAGCCGACAUACCUUCACCAUACUACAGUGAAUUCUUCCUCCCUCCCACUCCACACACAAAAUAAGGAGACUCACAAGUCCUGGGAGAGCGAUAAGCAUAUAUGGACGCAUAGAUGAGCAAUAACAAAACUAGACAGCUUAACCCCAAGUCCUGCCUGUGACGAGCGGCCUGCAAACUGAGGAAAUCUGGCUGUGUGUGUGUGUGUGUGUGUGUGUGUGUGUGUAUGAUGGUUGACGGCAGGCGGGACAGCGCAGUGCAGUGGGGGCGACCAGCUUCACGACAUCGGCAGCAGUCGCCAUGGUUUCCACACGACAUGUUCAGACAGCUGAAGUGCUUCCUAGCAAUUAUAUUUAACAGCAAACAUACAAGUUACAAUUUAGAGUAGGAUUUUAUCCCCGUGACGUAGUCUAGUAUCCACACUGUCCUCUAAAAUACCCUCUUUCUCACUUCCUCUGUUGUUUUACUUGUUUUUUCGCUAUAUCCAAAGUUUUGUACAAAGUUUUAAUAAGUCCCUUUUUAUUUUAUAAUCUGAAAAUGCUAUGUUUUUAUAAAUAUUAUUUAUUAUACAAUGUAUAUAUCUGUAUGACUGAACUAAGAUUAUAUAUUUGAAGAAAAAUCCUUGUCUCAUUCUUUUACUUCCAAGCCUUAUACAUCUUUUCAAGUUUGACAGGAACGUGAAAAAACGUGUAUGCAGGGAGUCAAUUAAAUCGACACCUCAGUUCAUUAUUCCACUGUAAAAUGUACUCAACUGUCUGCCAUAGUCUUAGACCUUACAUAAUAAA